AUGGACGGUCGUCCAUCCAAGAGACAACGCCGAUCCACCCAUUCAGAGGAAGAUCCACAAAGGAAACUAAAAUCCAGAUCUCCUUCCCUCGGCCCGUCAACUUCCAGCUCCGUCGCGUUGUCAUCACGCCCCAAAUCCAAGAAUCUUCGAACGCGCUCCAGUCAAUCCAAACUCACACGAGCUCCAUCCUCAUCAGUCUCGCCAAAGAAACCAAGCUCAUCCCCUCAGACAACCAAAUCGAAAUCCCUUCAUACCUUUUUCCAACCUGCAACGGAAGCACAGCGAUGGUCCACGCAGAAAUUCGAGGCGAAACGCCCGCUCGCUGCUACCCCGGAGACGACCCUUGACGCCGAUAUAAUCGAAGACGACUAUGAUUCCUACGAUGAGAUAUUUACCCAACACCUGGCGGCGGGAGGAAAGUCAGAUACGCACAUUGACUCGCCCGUUGCCCGUGGUCCUACCAAGACAAAACGAGCUGCGCCGAAGAAGACGACAACGUCACGAACAAAAGGUCAUGCUUCUAAGCGCUUUGUAAUGCCACCGGAGUCUACGAAUGGACCUCAUCGACAAUCGCCAGCUCCGGCUUCGUUGGGAGUUGAUCAACGACCGUGGGCGCAGCGAUACGGCCCGUCGAAUUUGGAUGAGAUAGCUGUUCAUAAAAGGAAGGUCUCGGAUGUGCAGAAAUGGUUGGAGGAUGCUUUUGCAGGGAGACGGAAAGAGAGGUUACUCGUGUUGCGUGGCCCAGCAGGCAGCGGCAAGACUACCACCAUCACACUUCUUUCCGAAGCCCUUGACUUCGACUUGAUUGAAUGGCGAAACCCAUCAGUCUCAGAGUUCUCUGCGCAAGAGUACGUCUCUGUGAGCACUCACUUUGAAGAGUUUCUUGGCCGUGGCGAUCGAUUCGGAGGUCUGGAUCUCGAAGACACCGUAGAGGCUAAGGAGGGCCGUGAUGCACAUCCUCGAAGCCAGCGCGUGCUUCUCAUUGAAGAGUUCCCGACGAUACUCAACCGGAAUUCUUCUAGUCUGGCUGCUUUUCGGACCUCUUUGCAGCGCUAUCUUGCUGCAUCCACUGAGCAAUCAUUAGGUGGGUGGAUGCACCCGCCUAUUGUGAUGAUCGUCUCGGAAACGCUGCUUAGCUCUGCAUCAUCUAUUUCCGAUAACUUGACUGUGCAUCGGUUACUCGGGCCUACAUUGUAUAAUCACGUUGGCACGACCAUCAUCGAUUUCAAUAGUAUUGCACCGACAUUCAUGCAGAAAGCCCUGCGACUGGUGCUUGAAAAAGAGGCCCAGACUUCUCGGCGAUCCCGAGUCCCUGGAUCCGCGGUUUUGGAUAAGAUUGCCGAGAUUGGAGACAUACGCAGUGCCCUCUCUGCCCUUGAGUUUCUCUGUCUGAAAGGCGACCAAGCAGGGAAAUGGAGCGGAAGUCUCUCCAAAACUAAAAAGUCACGGGGUGGAUCUACCCUGACAGCGAUGGAGCAAGAGUCUCUUGAGAUGAUCUCGCAGCGAGAAGCGAGUCUCGGGAUGUUCCAUGCUGUGGGCAAAAUUGUCUAUAAUAAACGCUUAGAUUCCAGUCUAAUGCCCAGUGAUGUCCCAAUUCCCCCUUCACCACCGGACCACCUGUCUCAUCAACGUCGUGUCAAGGUCUCACAGGUUGCAGUCAACGACCUACUUGAUGAGACGGGCACCGACGUCUCGACAUUCAUCUAUGCGUUACAUGAGAAUUAUCCACAGUCCUGCGACAGUGACUUCUUCACAGAUAGUUUCAAUGAGUGUAUUGAAGCGCUAUCUGAUUGCGAUAUCCUCAGCGCCGAUCCCAGGCCCUCUCAUGGUGCAAGGACGGGUGUUGGAGUUGGUGCCACUCCUUUCAAUGCUGGUGUCGAUAUGCUCCGACAGGAUGAGAUCAGCUUUCAAGUUGCGGCUCGAGGGCUUUUGUUUGCUCUCCCGUAUCCCGUUAACAGGAAAAAGGCGUCUGUGAGCGGCCGAAAAGCGAGGGAUCCCUAUCGGAUGCUAUACCCGGCUUCGCUGCGAUUAUGGAGGAGGACAGAGGAGAUUGAGGGUCUCAUUGACUCGUGUUUGAAACACCUGCUAGACCCUACCGGAAAUUCACGCCUCCUUUCCCGUGGCUCGGGCGCUGCUGCUGAGUCUGCCGGUGUCAAGUCCUGGAAAAAUCUUCGACUUGGAUACUCGGCAGUGGAUAAGAAUGACAGUUCCCUGCAGUCAGCUGUGACUAUGAUGUCGCGACAAGAUGCACUACUCCAUCACUUGCCUUAUAUGGCUCAGAUCCGCCGUAAGGAGCCCGACGGGUGGCAUCUCAACCAAAUUACUAGCAUCCAGGAGGGACGUCUGGACGAGGAAAUAGAUGACGAUGACGAUGAACUCACGUCGACGUCGUCCCGGUCUCGAGACAAAGCCAACGUGAAUGCACUUGCGCCUCCGGUGCCUGCACUAGAUGAAGAGAAGCUGAUUCUCAGUGACGAUGAUAUUGUUGACGACUGA